GGGAGACCGGAGAAGCCGUACUGGGCGUGCGCAGCGCGAAAACUGGUUGGCAAAAUACGAUUUUCACCUGUCCCCGGGUGUUUAACGGGCCCAGGCGACCAUGUCUACCCUGCGCAGGCUGCGGGAGACGCCACGACACUUGCUGGUAUGUGAGAAGUCUAACUUCGGCCAUGGCAAGUCGCGGCACCGGCAGCACGUGGAGACGCACUACCACAACUACAGGGUAUCAUUUCUGAUUCCUGAAUGUGGGAUACUUUCAAAAGAACUGAAAAAUCUUGUCAUGGAAAUUGGACCAUACUACUUGGUGAAGAAUUUGCCUCUUCAUGAAUUAAUUGCACAUGAGUUCAUCAAUAACUUUGUGAAAAAAGGUUCCUGUUAUGCCCUAACAUAUAAUACAAAUAUUGAUCAAGACAAUACUGUUGCCCUGUUACCCAACGGGAAGCUAAUUUUGUCCCUGGACAAAGACACUUACGAAGAAAUGGGACUUCAAGGUCGCCCAUCUCAACAUUCUGGCAGAAAAAUCAUGAGAUACAUUGUUACCCUUGAUUUGAUGGAUUCGUCCUUCAGUCCUGAGUCAAAGAAGUAUAAAAGAGCAUCUUGGGCCUUGAAUGAAAAGAAACCACUGAAAUUCAAUUUCCUUCUGGCUUGGCAUCAUGAAGGUGCAGAAGAGUCAACAGUGAUGUCAUACUUUUCCAAAUACCAAAUUCAGGAGCAUCAGCCAAAAAUAGCAUUGAGCACGUUACAAGAUCUUCAGUGUCCAUUGCUACAGAGUGGAGAACUUGAGGGAAAGCCUGAAGAAUCGUGCAGUGCACCAGAACUCUUUGACUGGCUUGGUGCUGUCUUCAGUAACGUAGAACUAAAUAAUCAGUCAUUCAGUUUUCUAUCAACCUAUUGCUGUCCUCAGCCAAAUAUAUUGGUGGAAAAAGCAUAUUUGUGCACAAUCACUGGCUUCAUAGUCUCUGAGAAGAUAUGCCUGUUACUGGAACAGCUGCGUCAUUAUUUUGAUGACCCAAAGUUAACUCCUUGGGUCACCUUGUCUGUCCAGGGAUUUGCAGACAGCCCUGUGUCUUGGAGAGAAAAUGAACAUGGAUUUCGAAAAGGAGGAGAACACUUGUACAACUUUGUUAUUUUCAGCAAUCAGGACUACUGGCUUCAAAUGGCUGUGGGGGCCAAUGAUGACUGUCCACCAUGAAAAUAAAUAAAGCUGCCUUUGGGUUUUUUUUUUUUCCUGGUAGACUUUGGAAGCCUUCAUUACAAGGAAGUUGCAUAUUUAGGAUGUUUAUAUGGUAUGAUGGAUUUUUUUUGUAAUGCCAAGACUAAUGUUCUGUUUCGGGGUGUUGUUUGCUGUGGUGACCAGAAUUUUUUUCACACCCUUUUUCUGCUCAUUUCAAAGGGUUUUGGGGUAACCUAAUGGAAUGAUUGCCAGUCACUUUGCAUUUUUGUAAAAACUAAUGCCAGUGUGGCUUAUCUGCAGCUGUAAGGGAGGCCAAGCCAAGACUGGGAGCUGUUAGGCCAAGGACUUCCUAGGACAAUGAACCAGCAAAGCCCUGCCACUUGGAAAGGACCAGCUCUGUGGUUUGUUUGUGUGGUGAACUGAGAAACUGAAAGGACAGGCUAAAUACUGAGCCCUCAAGUCUCAGGCAAUUAAGAGAAAGCAGGAGUACAGCAGAUUUCUGAGGGAGUGGGCCAGGGUCAGCAUCCAAGGAUUUGUAUUUAACUGGCGGGAGCAGACAAGAAGCACCAAUGAGAAGAUCUACUGUAGAGACACUGUAUAGUUGUGAUUGAUGAUCCAGUGAUCAAGGUGAAUUCCCUUUUGAUUCAGUUCAAAAUGGCCCAUUGAGUAUGACUUGGCAGAUAGUUACUAAAGCUAGAGAUGAGAUUUUUUUCUGCAGCUUCCAAGGUAGUCAGUACUAAUUACAGCAGAAAGACUAGAUUCAUCCAGCAUAGUAGUUCUUAACCCAGGGUCCAUGAAUUUGUUUUAAAAUUUUUUUUUAAUAACAGUAUUUCAGUAUAACUGGUUUCCUUUAUAAACUAAUGCAUUUUAUGCAUUUUAAUGGUAUUUUAUUUUUUCCCCAAUUACAUAUUAAGACAAUUUUUAGCAUUCCUGUUUACAAGAUUUUGAGUUCCAGUAUUUUCACCCUCCCUUCCUGUCUUCCUAAAAUGAUAGGCAAUUUGAUAUAGGUUAUACAUGUGCUAUCAUGUAAAACAUAUUUCCAUAUUAAACAUAGUUGUGAAGGAAGAAACAGAUCA